UGUGUGUGUGUGUGUGUGUGUGUGUGUGUGUGUGUGUGUGUGUGUGUGUGUGUGUGCGCCAUGACACACACUCGGGUCCGGGCCUGUUGCCAGCAUCUGCACUGCGCUUAUGUAACCGUCUGUAUCUGCCCCAAAUUCUUUCUUUUGCUCAUUCCAGUUCCUUCUUUGCACUUUUCCUUUUUUUGUUGCUCUUCCUCUUCUCUUCGUCUUCUACGCUUCGUGUUUUCCUCUCGGCCCGUCCUCGCCGCCCCCCACUCCCCUUUCUUGUCCUCUCAAUUCCUUCUCGUCAUUACUGUAUUUCUGUGUGUGUGAGCAUGACUCUGCAGGUUUUCAAACGCAACCGACACGCGCCGCUAUGCGCCGCCGCCCUCUUUUGUGUCUGUCCGGUUUUCGUUGUCAUCGCAAACUGAAGUGAACUUCAAACGACAACUUUUUUUCCACCACGUUCUAAUAUAUCUGCCACUGUCGGAGGACAGAGGGGAAACAUCCGCCAACCGCCGUUAAAAAACAACGGACACAACCGAUCACGUUGCGAUCGCUUAUCGUGCUGCGGCUAGGCCAGUCCCGAUAAUUACUUUAUGUUGCACGAUAUAUUGUCCGUGAAAUGGUUGCGAUAAACAAUAUUAUCGUCCUCUUAAGACCAUUUUUUUUCAGAACACUGAAUCAUGUGAGCUUGGUCGUUGCGCGCGCAAGUCCUACACGAGUUGUGUAGGAAAUGUACUAAGAAAUCCAUAUUUCCUGACAUUUCAUAGAUCAAACCAGUGAUUUAUUAAUCAUACGACGAGAACAGACGAGAGGACAGAAGCAGCGAGACUUUGCUGGACUGUCUUUGACGUUCCUUCUUAUGUCAACACACACGCAUGUAGACACAAGGGCUGCUACUGAGGUCAAUAAAGAUGAUUGAUUUCAUAUUUAUGUAUUGUACGAUAAGUCGAUAAUGUUAUUAUCGUGACGGGCCUAGAUGUGGCCCCUACAAAACGGCCCGUAUGCAUCGAUCCAAAUAAAUCCACUGGUGAAUUAAGUUUUUAGCCUCUUCUUGGCUGUAAAACCCUUCGGCCGUUCAAACCAAAACCCCGAUGCUACAGUUUGUGCUGCAAGGCUAACGCUCCUCAGCUAGCUCUCUCUCCUUUCAUGACGAUGUGAUUACGUUUUAAGAAUAUAUAAUAGUGUAGUCGCGCCACCGCCGGACAAAACGCUCCUUCCAUUCGUUCGCCCCCUGGUGGUUCCAGGUGGUAUCACUGUUUGGUGGCUGUCGUAAAGACGCCGCAGUAGCAAGUUUAAUUCUAUUUUGCUUUUUAAAGAUAACUUGCAACAUUUUAAUUCAAAUAAAAAUUUUAGAAUUAUGAAUAUCUCUUAUAAGAAACAACCACAUAUUGGUGUCAAAACUAAAACUGACUCUACUUCAUUUUAUGUUGAAUGGUGCAUUCAUAAAAAAAUAGCAAAAAAGCAAAAGGGAGCCGUCUCUGGUGCUGCACCUCCUGUUUAGCCAGAUGUUUAAUCCAGCUGCCGAUGCCGUGUUACUUUAAGAGAGCGGUGGCGUGUGUUUGUACACACGCAUGUCGUCUUGGUAAUAUGAUCUGACUGCUGCCGGCGUUGUACAGUGUGUCGUUGUACAGUGUGUCGUUGUACAGUGUGUCGCAGUACAGUGUGUCGUUGUACAGUGUGUCACUGUACAGUGUGUCACUGUACAGUGUGUUGUGUUGAGUUAAUCGCCAACAGUCAGAAAUAAAAUGUAAAGAAGAAAUGAUUUUGUUUUUACUAAAACAUCUUCUAUUUCUGUAGAUUUUUUUUUACAGUACAAUACUUGCAAUGUUUCUUUCAUCCCUGCUUAUGCAAAGUAUGUGCGCGAGGGGUUUGUGUUUCAGUGGGUGUGUGUGUGUGUUUGAGGUCAUGUUGCUUUGUUUAACUUUGAGCUCAAGAGGAAGUGUGUGUGUGUGUGUGUGUGUGUGUGUGUGUGUGUGUGUGUGUGUGUGUGUGUGUGUGUGUGUGUGUGUGUGUGUGUGUGUGUGUGUGUGUGUGUGUGUGUGUGUGUGUGUGUGUGUGUGUGUGUGUGUGUGUGUGUGUGUGUGUGUGUGUGUGUGUGUGUGUGUGUGUGUGUGUGUCAGUGGAAAUAUACUGACUGACCAUUGUGACUGCUGACAGGACUCGACAAUGAUUUACUCACUCACCCUUACUCUCAUUCUUAGAUAAUAGUGCUGAUCAUAGAAAUGUUACAAUGGAUCUGGAUGAUAAAGAAAUUCUCCCUGGCGAGGUUUUGCCUGUGGUGAUAAUAGGUAACGGCCCCUCGGGAAUCUGUCUGUCAUACCUGCUGUCAGGUUACACCCCCUACCUGUCAGCUGGGGCAUCGCACCCCAACCCGCUGCUGCACAGCAAGCUGGGAGAGCAGCCUCACCUGUCGCUGCUGCAGCAGGACCUGGAGUACCUGUGCGAGGGCUUGGAGGGCCGCUCGUCCAAUCCCGUGGCCGUGCUCUUCGAUUCGCUGCUGCUGCCCGACAGCGACUUCGGACUGGACCACACUUCGCCGCUGGAAUGGCGAUUUGAGCCCGAGCGGGCCGUCCCGCACCUGGUGCUGGGGAAGGGUCCACCUGGAGGAGCCUGGCAUGCGAUGGAGGGCUCCAUGCUGACUCUGAGCCUGGCCAACUGGAUGGAGCUGCCCGGACUCAAACUGAAGGACUGGAUGAGAGAGAAACGCAGGAAUGUACGAAACGAUCGCGCCACGCCAGCAGAGAUAGCCUCCUACUACCAACACUACGUCUCCCAGAUGUCCCUGGAGCAGAACUUCGCCUGCGGGACCACCGUCACCUCGGUGACCAGGCAGCCCGGCAACCAGGACGGCUCGCCGCCCUACUGGAAAGUGAAGGGACUGCAGCGCCGAGAGGGGGAGGAGCUGGGAGAUGGUUCCUCAGUUUCGGAGGAGGAGCCUUUCUCGCUGUUGGCCCACAACGUGGUGUUGGCGACGGGCACCCACGACAUCCCGGCCCGGCUCGGCGUGGAGGGUGAGUCGCUGCCGUUCGUCUGCCACUCCUUCUGGGAGCUGGAGGCGGCCAUCUCCGGCGGUGAGCUGGACCAAACGUCGGACCCGGUGCUGGUGGUGGGGGCGGGGCUAACGGCGGCCGACGCGGUGCUGGCCGCCCACCAUCUCAACACGCCCGUCUACCACGCCUUCCGGCGGCCCGUUGCCGACCCAGGCCUCAUCUUCAACCAGCUGCCGAAGCUGCUCUACCCGGAGUACCACAAGGUUCACCAGAUGAUGAUCCAGCAGCAGCACAGACCGACUACUCCUCCACCACAGGACCACGCCCACCCCGACUCCACCCCUUCUUCCCUCUCUCCAUCCACCUCCUCGCCGCCCUCUUCCUCCUACCCGGGAUACCUGAGCUUCCCCUGUCACCGGGUCGUGGCGUUCCGACCGGACGGAAAGUGUAUACUGGAGUCGGACUCCGGCCAGCGGACCGUGGUCCAGGUCUCCAAGGCUCUGGUUCUCAUCGGUGCCCACCCCAACCUCUCCUUCCUGGACGACAACGGACGGCCGCUUGGCAUCAACCCCAAGGAGCCGGUCACGUGCCGACGCAACCCGAUCGAGGUGGACCCGUUCACGAACAAGGUGGUCGCAGCGGACGGGCCGGGCAUGUACGCCAUGGGACCGUUGGUCGGCGAGAACUUUGUGAGGUUCCUGAAGGGCGGAGCGCUGGCCAUCGCCAGUGACCUCGCCAAGAGACGAGGGGAGGGAGACGCCGAUUUGGCCACAGACAGAUUAAUGGACAAAUGGCUGGACAGACAGGUGAGCGCGCAGACAGAAGCAGAAGCUUGUGUUCUGGGCUCGUAGCAGGUCUUCUGGGGCAGAAAGGGUUCAAAUGGGUCGAAGCAAAGUGACAACUACUGCAAAGACGAGCCACAGGUCUUGUUUUUCCCACAAGUCACAGUGUGGGGGAAAUCAAACGAGCUGCUGAGGUGUCGCAGGGCACGAAACAGGACUUUCACCGGUUUGUAAUCGGUUCCGGUCUCCUCUUAGAUCUACUGUAGAUCUGGUUUGGCAAAAAACCAACAACUGACAAUUAACUCCAUGGCACUUUGAGAGGUAAUGUUCACGUCCGGCUUCUGGUAUUUGUGGAUAUAAAUAAUAAACUGGAAAUAAAGAUGGACGACGUGACGCGGCUCCGCAAGAGUGAAGCCAAAACGUCUGGGUCGCACCCUGGUGGCUGGCUGCAGCCUCGUGAAAAAAAAAUUGGAGACUUUGAGAAUUAAGUCGCAAAUUUAUGAGAAUAAAGACGUAAUGUUACAAGAAUAAAGUCGUACUAUUACAAUAAUUUUUUUUAUAAUAUUGCAAGAAAAAAGUUGCAAUAUUACGAGAAUAAAGUCUUAAUUUUACGGGAAUAAGUCGUAGUUUUACAGAAUAUCGAUGGGACAUGGACCAAACUAAAAAGUCAAAACACGUGAACAAAAAAAAAAAUUUGUUUGUUCAAGUGUUCACUAUUCUGGUUUUAAUUAAUUAUCCAAUGCUAUAAAAACCAGGGUGAAAUUGUCUGGAAAUGUUUCCGUCAUUUUGGGCGGUUGAGUCUUGUCGACGUCCGUCUUUAUUUGCAGGCAAUGGUCCACGCAAACUAGAGGUCGAGGAAGAAAAGGACGGAGAGAAGGAAUCGGAAGAGGCAGAGAAAAAAAGUAGAAGUAACAAGAAAGGAAAAAAGAAAUCUUUCAUAAAAAAGUCGAAGGGCUUUUUUCACCUCUGGUUUCUUCUCACUGUGAGAUCUUUGAUCACUGCAGCAACUUCCAGGUUAAAGUUAAAACUGUUUGUUUUUUUACAAUGGGGAUAAUUAACAUGUUUCCAUUCUGUCAUGAAUUCCUUCUUGCUCAUAAGAUUUUUCUCUGUGGGUGUUUGUAUAUUAUGGGUUUUCUGCUCAGUGGAUCUGUGGUACUGUAUCGAUCCCUUGUUGGUUUCAUUUUUAUCAUGUAACACACAACUCACCCUACCUGAUACCGUUGUAAAUCUGAGUGAUGAGCGCGAAAAGAUUGGAUACUUUACAAAACAUAAGAGAAAUGUGUGUGUGUGUGUAUACAUAUAUAUACACAUGAUGGAGCACAGUAAUUCUUACGAGAAAAAAAUCAUAAUAUUGCAAGAAAAAAGUCAUUACGAGAAUGAAGUUGGAAUUUUACGAUAAUAAAGUCAAAAUAUUACAAGAAUGAAAUCGUACUAUUACAAGAAAAAAAUGUCAUAUUGCAAGAAAAGUCGUAAUUUUAUGAGAAUCUCAUUAUAUAGGAAUAGUCGUAAUUUUACAAGAAUAAAGUCGUAAUUUUCGGAGAAUAAAUUUAAACAUUACGAGAAUAAAGUCGUAAUGUUAUGAGCAAAAGCGUUAAAUAAACAUUUAACAUAUGAUGACCUUACACCAGAGGAAGCUGUUGUCCGUGUCAUUACACCAGAGGAGGCUGUUGCCGGGGCUCACCUGUUUCCUGGGUUACUGUUCAUUUACAAAAAAAAAAUGGUUUUAUUUUUUUUACAUUUUUUUUCUAGUAAAAAUGACUUUAUUCUCAUAACAUUGCGACUUCUUUCAAGUAAACUUUCGACUUUAUUCUUAUAAUUUAACAUUUUAUUCUUGAGGUCUGACUUAUCUUUUCCCCUCAAUGUGUCCCUAAAACGCGGUUGUAAAAAUAUAUAUUUCUUCCUAAUUCUUACUGAAACAUGUUAAAUUUGCAGCCGUUGAAACGUUGGUUGGCUUCUUUAGUGAAUCUGGUGCAGUUCUGUUGACGUCGCCGUAUCAAUGGACGAUAUUUUCCUCACGAACCACAAAAAACACUUGUGUAACUUGUUCCGACAACGUGGAGAAUUGUGGUUUGAGGGAAGACGUCACGUGAUGAAUACGAUAUGAUAAUGCAAAAUGGAAUCUGUUUGAUUCAGUCUGUAAUUUACAUUAUGUUGAAGUAUCAUUGUGAAAUAUUCUCUCUUCUUCUCAAGAUGCACUUUCCAGCAGUUUGGAUGAUCCUGUACAAAUGUUCAGGAAACAGUUGUUUUUUAAAAUUUCUGUUGAAUUUUUGUCUCAAUGUGUUUUUAACAAUAUGCAUUCAUUUAUGAAGCAGGAUGUUAAACACUGAGCCCAAAAAAGGAAAAAACAAACAACUAACAUCACGUCCAUCUGCAGAUGGAGUUGUACCUUCAGGUUCCUCUUGGUAAAGAAAAUAUUUUAUGGUUUUCAACCAUUAAUAACAAUUUUUUAAGAAUUAAGAUUUUUUUUUAUUAUUCUUUUCAAAAUAAGAUCCGAAUUAUCCUUGGAAACAUGAUUAGGUGAAGGACAAAACCUUUUUCUCUGUAAUUUCAGCUCGUGGUGAGUUGAUGGACCAAGUUUAAUUUAAAAUGUAAAAAAAAAAUG